AUUGAACUGCACUUGACGGAUUUUCGAAGAGGCAAAGUGGAAAGAGUGUUGACAUCAGCCUUGGAAUGCACUAUACUCACCCUGGCGCAAGGGGAAUAACCUGGACAUAAACGCACGACCUCCGGUCCAUUGUUCCAGUUUCCCCAAUGCCUCCCUGCUGCUCUCCCCCAGUUUAUCCAGUGCUGCUGCUGGCUGGGCUGGGUCCUCUCCUCUUCUUGGUCUCAGGGGUGCACAGCCAAGGGAAACUCAAGCUCACCGUGUUGUCCGAAGAUCGCCUGCAGAUGAAAUGGAAGGAGGCAGAGAGUCCUGUGCAGGGGUACAAGGUUCGAGUCAGGCCUAUUUCAGAGGAACCACAGCCGGAGCUGAUGCUGACGACCACGCGCAGCCGGGCCACGGUGGCAGGGCUGGACUCCCAGCAGGAGUACGCCCUGCAGAUCCUCAUGCUCAACGGGACACAGGAGAAACUCAUCGCCAAGAGACGCUUCACCAUUGACAGUCUCCGGGAGGAGUGGCUGAACCGCAGUGGCAGCCGAGAGCAGCGAAGGAAGAUGCUGGUGGGAGGGUCGGGGUCAGGUGACAUUGAUGACUUGACGGAGGCUCUUCUAGCUUCUCCCACGGUGCUGUUCCAGGGGCGCACAGAAACCACAGCACCACCUGACAAAGAUUUUGGAGCGGAGGAUUCCCACGAGAAGAAAAAGAAAAACAAGGAUCGCUCCAAGACUGGCAAUAAAGAAGAAACUAGAUCCACACGUGAAAAACCUGAGGAUGAAAACUCCAGCAGGGGCAAGCCCAGGAAAACAUCCCCUACACAGCCAGCCACAGCGUUUGAGUGCGACACGACUGCUACAGCUGAUAUGGUUUUACUGGUCGAUGGGUCCUGGAGUAUCGGCCGUAGCAACUUCAAACGGGUCCGAGAUUUCCUGGAAGGCCUGGUUACACCCUUCAACAUUGGGAGCAACAGGGUGCAAAUAGCCCUGUCCCAGUACAGUGGAGACCCCCGCACCGAGUGGCAGCUCAAUAAUUUCACCUCCCGUGACCAGCUUCUGGAGGCUGUCAGGAAUUUCCGAUACAAAGGAGGGAACACCUUCACUGGUCAGGCUUUGAUGCACGUGUUAGAGCAGAACCUAAAGGAGGAGGCGGGUGCCCGGCCAGACACCCCCCGCUUUCUGAUCCUGCUCACUGAUGGGAAGUCCCAGGACGACGCUAUCGCUGCCGCUAACAAGCUGAAGAGUGCUGGAGUGGAGCUCAUCGCUGUGGGAGUGAAAAACGCAGAUGAGGCAGAGCUACGGCAGGUCGCCUCUGAGCCCCUGGAGCUCAAUGUGUACAACGUCAACGACUUCCCCCUGCUGAGCAAAUUAGUGGGACGACUUGUGCGCAUCCUCUGUGGGAAGAUUAAUGACCGCAGCAAGGCGAAAAGAAUGGAGAGGCCAACCCCUGACCCAGUUCUGUCCUACCCAAGUCCCACUGAAUUCAGAUUCUCUGAGCUGGGCUCGAAGGAGGUCCGUCUGAGCUGGACUGCCCCACAGCGACCCGUGGUACAGUACAGAGUGGUGUACCACAGCAAUGAGGGUCAGAGUCCCCAGGAGGUGGUGGCGAAUGGCACAGACUCAAGCGUCAUGCUGCGGGGCCUGUCCUCCCAGACUCAGUAUCACCUGUCCAUCUUCCCCGUGUACGAGGACAACGUGGGGCCCGCCCUCCGGGGGACCAUCACCACGCUUCCACUGGCCACACCCGAGGCCCUGGAGGUUACGCCCUUGUCCCUUGGAAGUCUGCGUGUGCGUUGGGGGCCCGUGCCUGGGGCCACGCAGUACAUGGUGCUCUACUCAGCCCUCAGUCAUGGGGAACCUGAGGAUGCCAAGGAGGUGAAGUUUUCAGCCGAUGAAACUGAUAUUGAGCUGGAGGGUCUGAUGCCUGAGACGGACUACUCAGUAACGCUUUAUGCACUGUAUGAUGAGGACUCCAGUGACCCCAUCACCGCCAUUGCGACAACGUCUCCCUUGCCUCCUCCUGUCAGCCUGCAGUUCCCUCUGGUCAGCCACAGUAUGGUGAGGGUCAGCUGGGUGCCAGGAUCUGUGGAUGUCCCGGGACAUCAGGUCACCUACAGCACUAACCAUGGGAGUGACGUCAAGCAGGUGGAGGUAACUGGUGUGAACACUCUGCUGCUGCAAAGCUUGUCAUCCCUGUCAAAGUACCUGGUGUCUGUGCGCUCAAAGUAUGAGCAGGGGGUGUCCACCCCCGUCACAGCCAAUGCUACCACACUGAGGGUGCCUGCACCCUCUGAUCUACGAGUGACCAACUUCUCAGGAAGUGACAUCACGGUACGCUGGGACUCUGCAGCAGAUGACGUGGUCUCAUAUCUGAUCAAGUGGAUAUCUCUCAACGGGGGUGACCUCAGCCAGCUUACAGUGGAUGGGGACAGUGAGGGAGCCAUACUGGAGGGAGUGGAGGAUGAUAAGGAGUACCAGAUAUCUCUGUCCGCUCUGUAUGCUGACGGAGCUCGGAGUGAAGCUGUAGCCAUUCGAUACAGCACCUCGUCCGGGGGCGGGCCCACCAGUGUGUCCAUCUCCGAGGAGACAGCGGUGAGCCUGUUGGUCAGCUGGCUGCCACCCAAUGCCCAUGUGCUGCAGUACCACGUCUCCUACACCGCGCUGAACGGAGAGGGACAAGAGCACACUGUGCUGGUGCCAGGCAGUGAGAGACGCACGAGGCUGCAGCCCCUGCUUCCUGACACACGAUACAGCGUCCUCGUCACCGCCGAGUACAGGAGCCGAGAGGGUGGCAGUGCCUCUGCACAGGGAAAAACCACUAGCCUACGUGUGAGCAGCGUUAGUGUGGUCCGGUCGGAUCACUCCAGCCUCUGUGUGUCCUGGAGGACCCUCUCAGCAGUCACUGGGUACCGUAUAGUCAUCCAGUCCCUCAAAGACAAACGGACCAAACAGAAAGUGGUGGAUGCCUCCAGCAACAGUCACUGUUUCUCUGACCUCCAGCCAGAGACCGUGUAUCGUAUCAGUGUGCAUUCUCGUCUUGGAACAGCAGAGGGUGCUGCUGUCACCAUCCUCCACUCGACAGCCUCUGCUCCGGCUAGAGCCCCACUUCAGCCCCGGUUGCGCUUGGCACACAAUGAAGUGUGUCCUGAGGUGACCAUCAGAAACAAGGCGGUUAAAGGGUUUGACAUGAUGGAAGCCUUUGGGCUGACCCAGGCAGCUCACUCCUCUGUGGAGGGUGUGGCUGCAGAGACCUUUGUCUUCAGUACUCUUCCCAGCUACACCUUGUACCGGGACGUCCAACUCACCCAGAACACAAACUUCAUCCACCCGGCCGGCAUCGCCCCAGAGCACACCAUCAGCAUGGUGUUCCGUGUUCUGCAGGACACCCCACAGGAACCCUUCGCUCUCUGGCAGCUCACCGACAACGACUUUCAGCCAAAAAUGGGGGUGGUGCUGGACCCUGUGAGGAAACUGUUGCUGUACUUCAGUCUGGAUUACAGAGAGGAGGUCCAGGAGCUGACUUUUGACCAGCCUCAAGUACAGAAACUCUUCUUUGGCAGCUUCCACAAGGUGCACCUGUCUGUGAGCCAGCUGAGUGUGGCUCUGUCAGUGGACUGCCAGCUUGUGGCUGAGAGACCUGCCCGGCCCCUGGGAACCCUUCCCACGGAUGGCUUUGAAAUGUUGGGCAAGCUGGUCAAGACCCGUGGGCCGAACAGUGGCUCUGCCUCGUUUCAGCUCCAGUCGUUUGAGAUUGCAUGCAACAACACGUGGGCCACAGAGGACACCUGCUGUGACAUCCCUGCACAGAGAGAUGAAGAGAGCUGUCCUGCCCCGGUCUACGCCUGCACCUGUACCUCAGAUAUUCCAGGAGCCCCCGGCCCCCCGGGCCCUCCAGGCAAACCAGGUCCUCGGGGUGAGAAAGGAGGGAGAGGCGACCAAGGCCAAAAGGGAGAAAUGGGUCCAUCAGGGAAGAUAGGACCCGACGGUGUCAUGGGUUCCCUGGGGUCACGAGGCCCCCGAGGGAUGACAGUGCAAGGGCGAAUGGGCCCUCCGGGUGAAAGAGGGGAGAAAGGUGACAAGGGAAAGCCUGGAAGCCAGGGCUCGCCAGGUCCACCUGGCUCGCAAGGCAGACAAGGGAACCCCGGACCCCAGGGAAUGCGAGGUGCUGAGGGACACACAGGCACUCCAGGACCAACUGGACUCAGGGGGUUCCAGGGAAUGCCAGGUGUGCCAGGCCCUGUGGGAGAUAGGGGGCAUCUGGGACCAGUGGGGCCAACAGGUCUUCCUGGGAACAAGGGUGAGAGGGGGGAGAAGGGGGAACCACAGUCCCUCGCCACCAUCUACCAGCUCGUCACUGAGGCCUGUGAGCAGUUGGUGCACAGUGAGGUUCUGAAGCUGGACUCCUUCCUGAAUGAGAUGAAUCGCAAGCCUGUGCCCCUGGAGGAGCCUGUGGGGCCCCCAGGAGAGCCUGGAAUACCAGGGGCCAAAGGGCCCCCAGGGCAGAGAGGUGCUCAAGGGAGGCAGGGUCCUCGCGGGAAACCUGGGAAGCCAGCUUACCCUGGAGAACAGGGACGUACGGGGGUAAGGGGUGAGAAAGGCAAUUCUGGCGGCAAUACAAAAGGGCCAUAUGGAGCCAAAGGAUUUGCAGGUCCCCCAGGGGAGUCCAGAUUGGGGAAGCCAGGGCCACGAGGGGACAAUGGAAAGCCAGGGGCCCCUGGACUUGCAGGGGCUGUCGGACAGCCUGGGGAGAUGGGGCCCCCCGGGGCAUGCGACAGCAGUGGUUGUCGCAGAGGAGGGGAUCCAGCAGAUCCAUAUUUUGGUUACCGGCCCUGAACAGACGGCUCCACAACUUUGCCCAGGUCCUGUCAAGUUCCAAUGAGUUUCAUUUUUUAUGUUUCUGCAAUGCCCCUUGUUUUGGAUAGAGCUGGGGCUGUACCACUGACACUGGCUUCCAGAGAGCUCUUUCCAACAGAACAGUCUGUUGACUGCUUGAGAAUGUACCAGAGCUACACUACUCAACUACUGCAAGCUCAGCUGGGAACAGAACAGUGGAUCACUGGACCUUUGAGAGCCACUGCCUCUCACAGGAGAUGCAAAGAAGCCAACUCCAACAUAACUUGCCUGGAAAAUAUAUAUUUUCUUACUUUGUGAAUGGAAUAGGUCCUCUUCUUCUACAUCAAAACUAUCAAAACCAAGCCAGAACUGCUAUUUGUGCUUGGAAACCACAUUUUCAUGAAGGUGGCUAUUUUUAGAUACACUUGCUCAACACAUUUUUUCUUUUCAUUUGUGUAUAUUUUAAAUGGGGAAUUUUCAUCCAGAUAUAACAAAUGACUAUUUUUGUGUUUGAAUCACAAACAGCAGAAUGCUUGUUGUUUUGCUGGUGAAUAUUACAACUUCUGCACUGAAAAUGUUGUUUUUGUUACUCACAUGUUUUUUUCUUUUUUGUAUUUAUUCACUGUAACAUGUUUCACUGUAACUUCAAGUAUUUCUGUACUUUGUAAAUGCAUGGCUGCCAAUUGAGAAGUUACUUCCCUCAAGUUAAUUACAAAUCCAAAGUCCCAAGAUUUUCUCAUUUUAAUGAAAUGCUUGUUUCACAACAUGAUUUAUACUGUGAUAUAUGAAUAUAUUUUAAUAUGUUUGUAUUUGCCAAUGCAUACAUACCUGUAAAUUAUGUUUAUGAAUAUGUAUUUGAAUAUAUUUGUUGGCCUAUAUGAUCAAUUGAAUGGCAGAGUGACUUUUUUAUGAGCAGUCCUGGUAGUGUCCUGUGAUUUUUUUCUCAGUGCCCAGAACUAUGCUUUGAAUACACUAAACACUUGGCAAGGCAGAUACAGUGCCUCCAUAAUGUUUGGGACAAAGACCCAUCAUUUAUUUAUUUGCCUCUGUACUCCACAAUUUGAGAUUUGUAAUAAAACAAAUCACAUUGUCAGAUUUAAA